CUUCUUUUUGGGGGGUAAACCUGAUAUGAACCUUCUCCUCCAUAAGUCGGUCGGAAAACAAUCAGAAAGUUAGAAAGGGCUGCGUGCCGCCACCUUGGUCGCAAGGUCCAGUUGAUCAGUUGAAGCAAAACGCCGUCGUCCUUCAAGUCUCUCUCUCCGAUUCCAACGUACUGAGCCUCAGCGUCCCCCUAAUUUUUUAAUAUCGAAGCUCACUUUCGUAUUUUCCCCUAAAUUGCUCUGAACUUCACAAUUAGGGAUUUUUUUAAUUCAUAAUUGAGCUUGGAGCUGCUCCUUAUCCAAAUCCAACUUGCAUCAUGGAGAAAAAUGGAGUUGUUGACAUUGACAAGACCACGGAGACCAUGGAACCGGAGAAGUCCACUGGUGGUGGACUUUAUGUUCCCGGCAAGGACAGAGUGGUGUACGUGCCUCAAGAAAGAAAAUCUCGUUUAGGACUAGAUGCCCUUGCGAUUGCAAAACGUGAAGGAUCUCAAAAUGAUGGAGUGUUCAAGGUCCCGAAACCAAGGACCAUUUCUAUUGCAGCAUCUGCAGAAGAUGUAGAUAAGUCUGAGUCUGCUGUCAUUGAGGAUGAAAGCGGGCUUGGUGGAACUGCUAGUAAAGACAGACGAGCUAAUACGAGAUACCGGAAAUCAACCAAUGAAUCAUCACAAGCAGAAAGUUCUGUGACUGAAGAUCAUGAUGCUGAUUCACAUGGGACUCGUUCAAAGGAGCAUCGGGGUUCAGAUGUCCCUGCUUCACCUUCUGGAUAUGAAAGGGAGAAUUAUAGGAAUGAGAGGAGGCAUCACAGAGAUGAGUCAAGAAGUGGUAGCAGAAGAGUGCAACAUGUAGACAAUUUUGAAAGUAAGGAGCCUUAUUUUGAGAGGGAUUCACGUAGUAGGUAUGGCCAUGAAUACAACAGGAAUAGGGAGCGUUAUUCUGAGAGGGAUUCACGUAGUAGAUAUGACCAUGAGCGCGGUAGAAGUAAGGAGCCUUAUUCAGAAAGGGAUUCCUGUAGUAGGUAUGACCAUGAAUAUGGUAGAAAGCGAAGCAGAUAUGAGGGUUCCAGGAGAACACCUGGCAGGUCUGACUGGGAUGAUGGGCAAUGGGAAUGGGAAGAUACUCCUCGAAGGGACAGUGUCUCUAGUUCUAGACAUCAUCAACCUUCACCAUCCCCUAUGUUUCUUGGUGCCUCACCUGAUGCACGAUUGGCUUCUCCAUGGUCAGGAGGCAAUACUCCUUAUUCUUCUUCUCCAUGGGACCAUGUGUCUCCAUCUCCUGUUCCAAUACGUGCUUCUGGAUCUUCAGUCAAAUCUUCUACUUCUAGACAUAGUGGAAGGUCCCAUCAACUUACUUUUUCUUCAGGAACUUCAAGUUCGUAUGAGGAUGAAGUGACUGAUAAGUCCGAGUUUGGCGAAGAACACAAAUAUGAGAUUACUGAAAGCAUGCGUGCAGAGAUGGAAUAUGAUGCUGACCGGGCAUGGUAUGAUAGAGAGGAAGGUAGCACAAUGUUCGAUGGAGGAGAUAACUCAUCACUUUUUCUUGGAGACGAGGCUACCUUUCAAAAAAAAGAGGCUGAGCUUGCCAAAAGACUGACUAGAAGAGAUGGGACCAAGAUGUCCCUUGCUCAGAGCAAGAAGUUGUCUCAGCUCACAGCUGAUAAUGCUCAAUGGGAGGACAGACAACUCCUGAGAUCAGGAGCCGUUAGAGGUACAGAGGUUCAGACUGAGUUUGAUGAUGAGGAAGAACGCAAAGUUAUUCUUCUGGUGCAUGAUACAAAACCUCCAUUCCUUGAUGGCAGAGUUGUUUUUACUAAGCAGGCAGAGCCAAUUAUGCCAAUAAAGGAUCCAACAUCUGACAUGGCUAUAAUUUCUCGUAAAGGAUCUACUCUGGUCAGAGAAAUACGUGAGAAACAGAGUUCAAAUAAGUCUCGCCAACGUUUUUGGGAGCUUGCAGGCUCAAAACUUGGCGAUAUCUUAGGUGUUGAAAAGACAGCAGAACAGAUUGAUGCAGACACUGCUACAGUGGGUGAACAGGGUGAAAUAGAUUUUAAGGAAGAAGCUAAGUUUUCACAGCAUUUGAAAAAGGAAGAGGCUGUGAGUGAUUUUGCCAAGUCAAAGAGUAUUGCAGAGCAAAGGCAAUAUCUGCCCAUUUUUUCAGUGCGAGAUGACCUAUUACAGGUAAUUCGAGAAAAUCAGAUCGUCGUAGUGGUUGGAGAAACUGGCUCAGGAAAGACAACCCAAUUGACACAGUAUCUGCAUGAGGAUGGCUACACUAUAAAAGGUAUAGUAGGUUGCACCCAACCCAGGCGUGUGGCAGCUAUGAGUGUGGCCAAGAGAGUCAGUGAGGAGAUGGAGACAGAGCUGGGUGAGAAGGUUGGCUAUGCUAUACGGUUUGAGGAUGUGACUGGGCCAAAUACCAUUAUAAAGUACAUGACAGAUGGGGUUCUUCUACGAGAAACACUCAAAGACUCUGAUCUAGACAAGUAUCGGGUUAUUGUCAUGGAUGAAGCCCACGAAAGAUCAUUAAACACGGAUGUUCUUUUUGGAAUAUUGAAGAAAGUUGUUGCUCGACGUCGUGAUUUUAAGUUGAUCGUCACAUCAGCAACUCUGAAUGCACAGAAAUUUUCACAUUUCUUCGGAAGUGUGCCAAUUUAUCAUAUUCCUGGGAGAACAUUUCCUGUGACUACAUUAUGGAGUAAAACUCCAGUUGAAGAUUAUGUUGAAGGUGCAGUGAAGCAGGCCAUGACAAUUCACAUUACUAGUCCUCCAGGUGACAUUCUUAUCUUCAUGACUGGCCAAGAUGAGAUUGAGGCAGCUUGCUACGCCCUUGCAGAAAGAAUGGAGCAGAUGGUCUCUUCUUCAAAGAAAGCAGUCCCUAAACUCUUGAUUCUACCUAUAUACGGCUAAGAUAUUCCAGAGAGCUGAAGAUGGAGCCCGAAAAUGCAUCGUUGCCACUAACAUCGCUGAGACAUCAUUGACUGUAGACGGUAUCUUCUAUGUCAUAGACACAGGUUAUGGUAAAAUGAAGGUGUAUAACCCAAGGAUGGGUAUGGAUGCUCUUCAAGUCUUCCCCGUCAGCCGUGCUGCUGCUGAUCAGCGUGCUGGUCGAGCUGGUAGAACUGGGCCUGGUACAUGUUAUCGACUGUACACAGAGAGUGCUUACCUAAAUGAAAUGUUGCCCAGUCCUGUCCCCGAGAUUCAAAGGACCAACCUCGGCAAUGUGGUCUUGUUGCUGAAAUCUCUUAAAGUUGAUAAUUUACUUGAUUUUGAUUUCAUGGACCCACCUCCGCAAGAUAAUAUUCUCAAUUCUAUGUACCAGUUGUGGGUAUUGGGUGCCCUUAACAAUGUGGGUGCCUUAACAGAUCUUGGCUGGAAAAUGGUUGAGUUUCCACUGGACCCUCCACUUGCCAAGAUGCUUUUGAUGGGUGAACAGCUAGGGUGCCUUGAGGAGGUUCUGACAAUUGUUUCCAUGCUUUCAGUACCGUCAGUUUUCUUUAGACCCAAGGACCGAGCAGAGGAGAGUGAUGCUGCACGCGAAAGAUUUUUUGUGCCAGAAUCUGAUCACUUAACCCUGUACAAUGUCUAUCAGCAAUGGAAACAGCAUGAUUACAGAGGUGACUGGUGUAAUGAUCAUUUUUUGCAUGUUAAAGGUCUAAGAAAAGCCAGAGAGGUGAGAUCCCAGCUGCUUGAUAUUCUCAAGACACUGAAGAUCUCUCUAACCACCUGUUGGCCUGAUACAGACAUAGUCAGAAAAGCAAUUUGCUCAGCAUACUUCCACAAUGCAGCAAGAUUAAAGGGUGUUGGAGAGUAUGUCAACUGCCGGACUGGGAUGCCAUGUCAUCUACACCCCAGUAGCGCACUCUAUGGCAUGGGUGCAACUCCGGAGUAUGUGGUUUAUCAUGAGUUAAUCCUAACCACGAAGGAGUAUAUGCAAUGUGCUACAGCCGUGGAGCCCCAGUGGUUGGCUGAGCUUGGACCCAUGUUUUUCUCUGUUAAGGAGUCUGAUACAUCAUUGCUGGAGCAUAAGAAGAAACAGAAACAAGAGAAGACGGCCAUGGAGGAGGAGAUGGAGAAUUUGAAGAAGAUGCAAGCAGAGAUUGAGAGAAAACAGAAGCAGGAGGAGAAAGAAAAGUUGGCUAAGCAGCAACAGCAAGUCUCCAUGCCAGGUUUGAAAAAGGGCUCUUCCACAUAUUUGAGGCCAAAGAAACUUGGUUUGUAAAUAAAGUUGUAUUUUCAAGUGAAGUAUUUAGUUACAGACUCACCAGAGGUAGAAAAAGAAGUCUUGUGCCAAUUGUAACAAGAAGUAAGAGAAAGCAUGAAUUUUCAAUUCAUUAUUGCGGUCUCUUAGAGCAAUACGAAUUCUAGGUGAAGCACUUCACAUUUGAUUUUGCUUUGCAAUCUUACUUUGAUAGUGACAUCUACUAGGUGAAACAGUAUGUCAAUAUAAUAGGCCUCAAAAUUACUUUCAUGGAAGAUUCAAAUAUCAAUUGGACAUUGUUUC